AUGAAGUCCUUCGCCGUCGCUGCUGCUUUCGCUGGUGCUGCUGUCGCCUUCCCCCAGGGUGUUACCCAGGCCAUCUCCNCCAAGUCUGGUCCUCCCUCGGGCUGCUCGGAGAACCACGCCAGCCCCUUCAGCAUUUCUAUCACCAAUGUUACCACGAACGGCAAGCGUGACCUCGAGUCUCGUCAGACCAAGGUUUUGACUAUCACUCUUAAGGACGGCACCCUGACCGACGACGAGGGCCGUACUGGUUACAUCGCUGCCAACAACCAGUUCCAGUUCGACAAGCCCGCUCAGACCGGUGCCAUCUACACCUCUGGUUUCUCCGUCUGCAGCAACGGCACUCUUGCCAUUGGUGACUCCGCUAUCUUCUACCAGUGCUUGAGCGGUGACUUCUACAACCUCUACGACAAGUCCACCGGUGCUCAGUGCUCUCCCAUCUACAUCAACAUUCUUGACUCUGGCGUUGCUGCCUCCAGCGGUGCUGCUACCCAGAUUGGCGACGGUCAGCUCCAGGCUCCUACCUCCACCGCCGCUGUCACUCAGAUCUCCGACGGCCAGAUUCAGGCCACUACCGGCGCUGUUUCCCAGAUCUCUGACGGCCAGAUCCAAGCCCCUACCUCCACCAAGGGCGCUGUUACUCAGAUCUCCGACGGCCAGAUCCAGGCUCCUACUUCGACCGCUGCCCCCGUCACCCAGAUCUCUGACGGUCAGAUCCAGGCCCCCACCACCGGCAAGCCUGUUACCCAGAUCUCUGACGGCCAAAUCCAAGCCCCUACCAUGGCUACUGGCAAGCCCGUUACUCAGAUCUCCGACGGUCAGAUUCAGGCCCCUACUGGCGGUGCCACUCGCCCUGCUAACGGCACCGUCGUUGCUGGCGCUGCCACUGCCUCGAGCGUCGUCCCUUACACCGGUGCUGCUGCCGUCCCCACCUUCGCUGGUGAGAUGCUCCUCGCUGCCGGUGCCUUGGCUGUCGCCUUCCUGUAA